AUGCGCUGGGAAGAACGCUGCGGUGUGAAAACCGAUGGCGUGCUUAUGCAGGCUGACUUCACUCACCUGCAAAAUGGAUCAAGGUUAAAUGGACAGUACCGUAUCCACACCGGUUUACAACACCAGAUAAUUUGGCCAUGCCAGCCCAGCUGCGUGCCGCUGGAUGAGAAACUCCUCCCAGAGCUACUUCAAGAGGCAGGAUACGUUACUCACAUGGUGGGGAAGUGGCAUUUAGGGAUGUACAGAAAAGAAUGCCUUCCAACCCACAGAGGAUUUGACACUUACUUUGGCUAUCUUCUGGGGAGUGAGGAUUAUUAUUCUCAUGACCGUUGUGUCCUCAUCAAAGCGAAGAACAUAACACGCUGCGCUGUGGACUUUCGAGAUGGAGAAGAAGUUGCAACUGGGUUUAAAAAUGUGUACUCUACUAAUUUAUUCACAGAAAGAGCUAUAGAUCUUAUAGCAAAUCACAAUACUGAGAAGCCCCUCUUCCUCUACCUCGCAUUUCAGUCUGUCCAUGAACCUCUUGAGGUCCCUGAAGAAUACAUGAAACAAUAUUCUUCCAUUAAAGAUUUAAAGAGGCGCCAUUAUGCAGGGAUGGUGACUCUUAUGGAUGAAGCUGUAGGAAAUCUUACUGAUGCUCUGAAAAAAUAUGGUCUCUGGGACAACACAGUUCUAGUUUUCUCUACUG